CGGUCCCCAAGUUCUGGAGCGCGCGGAGCCCAGCGGAGCCAGGAGCCCAAGCAAGAUGAUGAUGGUUAUGCAGCCCGAGGGUCUGGGGACCCGGGAGGGGCCCUUCGCAGGCGGAGGCGGCGGGGGCGGCGAGUACAUGGAACAGGAGGAGGACUGGGACCGCGACCUGCUGCUGGACCCGGCCUGGGAGAAGCAGCAGAGGAAAACCUUCACUGCCUGGUGCAACUCGCACCUGCGCAAGGCUGGCACCCAGAUCGAGAACAUCGAGGAGGAUUUCCGCAAUGGCCUCAAACUCAUGCUGCUCCUGGAGGUCAUUUCAGGAGAGAGGCUGCCCAGGCCGGACAAAGGCAAGAUGCGUUUCCACAAAAUUGCCAAUGUCAACAAGGCCCUCGACUUCAUUGCCAGCAAGGGCGUGAAGCUGGUGUCCAUUGGUGCUGAAGAGAUUGUCGACGGGAACCUCAAGAUGACCCUGGGCAUGAUCUGGACCAUCAUCCUCCGCUUCGCCAUCCAGGACAUCUCCGUGGAAGAAACCUCGGCCAAGGAAGGCUUGCUGCUGUGGUGUCAGCGGAAGACGGCGCCCUACCGCAACGUCAACGUGCAGAACUUUCACACCAGCUGGAAGGAUGGCCUGGCCCUCUGUGCUCUCAUCCACCGACACCGCCCCGACCUCAUUGACUAUGCCAAACUGCGCAAGGAUGACCCCAUCGGCAACCUGAACACCGCCUUUGAGGUGGCAGAAAAGUACCUGGACAUCCCCAAGAUGCUGGAUGCAGAAGACAUUGUGAACACCCCCAAGCCCGAUGAGAAGGCCAUCAUGACCUACGUAUCCUGCUUCUACCACGCCUUCGCGGGGGCAGAGCAGGCAGAGACAGCCGCCAACAGGAUCUGCAAAGUGCUGGCCGUGAACCAGGAGAACGAGAAGCUGAUGGAAGAGUACGAGAAGCUGGCCAGUGAGCUGCUGGAAUGGAUCCGCCGCACCGUGCCGUGGCUGGAGAACCGCGUGGGCGAGCCCAGCAUGAGUGCCAUGCAGCGCAAGCUGGAGGACUUCCGGGACUACCGGCGCCUACACAAGCCGCCCCGCGUGCAGGAGAAAUGCCAGCUGGAGAUCAACUUCAACACCCUGCAGACCAAGCUGCGGCUGAGCCACCGGCCGGCCUUCAUGCCAUCUGAGGGCAAGCUGGUCUCGGACAUCGCCAAUGCAUGGCGGGGGCUAGAGCAGGUGGAGAAGGGCUAUGAGGACUGGCUGCUCUCGGAGAUCCGGCGGCUGCAGCGGCUGCAGCAUCUGGCUGAGAAGUUCCAGCAGAAGGCCUCCCUGCAUGAAGCCUGGACCCGGGGGAAGGAGGACAUGCUGAGCCAGAGGGACUACGAGUCGGCUUCGCUGCAGGAGGUGCGGGCGCUGCUGCGGCGCCACGAGGCCUUUGAGAGCGAUCUGGCGGCGCACCAGGACCGCGUGGAGCACAUCGCUGCGCUGGCCCAGGAGCUCAAUGAGCUGGACUACCAUGAGGCGGCCUCGGUGAACAGCCGCUGCCAGGCCAUCUGUGACCAGUGGGACAACCUGGGCACACUGACCCAGAAGAGGCGGGAUGCACUAGAGCGGAUGGAGAAGCUUCUGGAGACCAUCGACCAGCUGCAGCUAGAGUUUGCCCGGCGGGCAGCGCCCUUCAACAACUGGCUGGACGGUGCCGUGGAGGACCUGCAGGACGUGUGGCUGGUGCACUCGGUGGAGGAGACCCAGAGCCUGGUGACAGCACAUGAGCAGUUCAAGGCAACACUGCCUGAGGCCGAUCGAGAGAGGGGUGCCAUCCUGGGCAUCCAGGGCGAGAUCCAGAAGAUCUGCCAGACGUACGGGCUGCGGCCCAGCUCCACCAACCCCUACAUAGCCCUCAGCCCCCAGGACAUCAACACCAAGUGGGACACGGUCCGAAAGCUGGUACCCAGCCGGGAUCAGAUGCUGCAGGAGGAGCUGACACGGCAGCAGGUGAACGAGAGGCUCCGGAGACAGUUUGCAGCCCAGGCCAAUGCGAUUGGGCCCUGGAUCCAGGGGAAGGUGGAGGAAGUGGGGCGCCUGGCAGCGGGCAUGGCCGGCUCUCUGGAGGAGCAGAUGGCUGGGCUGCGGCAGCAGGAGCAGAACAUCAUCAACUACAAGAGCAACAUCGACCGGCUCGAGGGUGACCACCAGCUGCUGCAGGAGAGCCUGGUGUUCGACAAUAAGCACACCGUGUACAGCAUGGAGCACAUCCGUGUGGGCUGGGAGCAGCUGCUCACCUCCAUUGCCCGCACCAUCAAUGAGGUGGAGAACCAGGUACUGACCCGAGACGCCAAGGGCCUGAGCCAGGAGCAGCUCAACGAGUUCCGGGCAUCCUUCAACCACUUUGACCGGGUCAGCAGGGGCCUGGCCCUGUGGGCUGGUGGAUCUGGGGGCUGGUGGCGUUUGGGGACUGGGCCUGACAUCCUGUCCUCACUACAGAAGCGGAACGGUAUGAUGGAGCCCGACGACUUCCGGGCCUGCCUCAUCUCCAUGGGCUAUGACCUGGGGGAAGUGGAGUUCGCUCGAAUCAUGACCAUGGUGGACCCCAACGCGGCCGGGGUCGUGACCUUCCAGGCCUUCAUCGACUUCAUGACCCGAGAGACAGCCGAGACCGACACGGCUGAGCAAGUCGUGGCCUCCUUCAAGAUCCUGGCGGGAGACAAGAACUACAUCACUGCUGAGGAGCUGCGGCGGGAACUCCCGGCGGAGCAGGCCGAGUACUGCAUCCGCCGCAUGGCGCCCUACAAGGGGGCUGGGGCUCCGGCUGGAGCCCUGGACUACGUGGCCUUCUCCAGUGCCCUCUACGGGGAGAGCGACCUCUGACCUGGACCCCAAAGCGCCACACGUCCAGAGAUGGCUGCCUCCUCUGGCUGAGCCCAUCCAUCCCCCAGCAGGAGAAGGACCAGCCAAGUGCUUCUGAAUAAAGAUCCAUCGGGGACCUCG